AUGUUUUUGACUAGAGCCUUGGAAAAGAUUCUCGCCGACAAGGAAAUAAAAAAGGCGUAUCAUUCGCAGCUGAAAAAAGCUUGCGAAUCAGCACUCGAGGAGCUGAAAAAUGAAAGCAAGACAAAGGUUGAAGUGCCAGAGUCUUCUGCGUUGCCAGUGCCAAAACAAGCAGGCUUUGUGGAAGCUGAUAAAUAUUUUCUGCCUUUUGAGCUUGCAUGCCAAUCAAAGUGCCCUCGGAUUGUUAAUAUAGCCUUAGAUUGUUUACAGAAAUUGAUUGCGUAUGGCCACCUGACAGGAAACACUCCAGACUCGACAACUCCAGGAAAAUGUUUAAUAGACCGCAUCGUUGAAACAAUAUGUGGGUGUUUUAACGGACCACAGACAGACGAGGGAGUACAGCUACAGAUCAUUAAGGCGUUGUUAACGGUGGUGACAUCGACUACGUGUGAAAUUCACGAGGGCACUGUUCUUCAGACUGUGCGUACUUGCUACAACAUAUACUUGGCCAGCCGAAGUCUCGUUAACAGAAUGACUGCCAAGGCAACCCUGACACAGAUGUUGAAUGUCAUCUUUAGUCGGAUGGAAGCUCAAGCCGCUGAAGAUGAAAAAUCUCCAGAUCGAUGUGACAGUAAAGACAGUAAAAAAUCGGAUGGGGAAAACAACAAGCUAGAAGAGAAGAAGUCAAAUGUUGAUGAGGGUGUGUCUGUUCAGAAUGGAGAUGAUGAGGUUGAUGCUGUAGAGGAAGACAGGAUUUUACAAGAUGAGCGCAGCUUACAGAACCAUAAAAAAAGUCCAGAUACUUCAUCAGUCAAAGAGGCCGGUGAAUCGGACACAGAAUCUGCCGAGGCAAUUGUGUCCAGCAUUUUAUCGGGCAUUGUGGAUGAUGUAGUUGGAGACCUGGACGUUGAACCUUCAGAAAUACAAACAGAUACUGUUGUCAACAAUGGUGUGGCAAAUGCUGCGCAAGAGGAACCACAGCCGCAGCAGCAGCCACCCAGCCACACGCAGGACCAGCAGCUGCCCUCUGUAUUGGCUAACUCUAGUGAAGGGAUUCUAUCUCCUGAUGAUAGUGCAGAAGGUACGGAGGGCGGGGAACAGUUCCAUGGAGCCUUUAGUCACGUGUUACAAAAGGACGCUUUUCUAGUUUUCCGAAGUCUUUGCAAGCUUUCAAUGAAGCCUCUUGGCGAGGGCCCACCAGAUCCAAAAUCUCAUGAACUUCGCUCCAAGAUCCUCUCAUUACAGCUCCUCCUGUCGAUCCUUCAGAGUGCUGGCCCAGUAUUCAGAACAAAUGCUAUGUUUAUCAAUGCCAUCAAGCAGUAUCUGUGCGUGGCAUUGUCCAAAAAUGGCGUGAGCUCCGUACCUGAAGUGUUUGAACUGUCACUGACAAUCUUCAUCACCUUGUUGGCUCAUUUUAAACAACAUCUCAAGAUGCAGAUAGAGGUGUUCUUCAAAGAGAUUUUUCUGUACAUUCUGGAGGCACCCAGCAGCUCAUUUGAACACAAGUGGAUGGUUAUUCAGGCUCUGACAAGAAUUUGUGCAGAUGCCCAGUGUGUUGUGGAUAUUUACCUCAAUUAUGACUGUGACUUGGCCCUAGCAAAUAUAUUUGAACGAUUGAUCAACGACCUGUCCAAGAUAGCUCAAGGACGAGAACUAGGUGCAAACCCCAACCAGGAGAAGAGCAUGAGAAUAAAGGGGCUGCAAUGCCUGGUGUCUAUACUCAAGUGUAUGGUGGAGUGGAGUAAAGAUCUGUAUAUCAACCCACACUCACAGUCAAACCUAGGUCAAGACAGCAAACCCUACACCGAGACUGAUAAUGAUUCAGGGAGUGGAACCAUGACCAGCUAUGGCAGCACCAACUCUCUCAGCUCAAACAGCAGUGCCCCUACAGCCACCAACAGUGGGACAAACCCCACCCCAGCGAUAACACCCACAGACAGCCCAGAACAGUUUGAAGUGUUGAAACAGCAAAAGGAAGUCAUGGAGAUUGGGAUUGAGUUGUUCAACAAGAAGCCGUUGAAAGGGAUCCAAUACUUACAAGAACAAGAGAUGCUUGGCAAGCUACCGGAGGAUAUUGCUGAGUUUUUCCAUAAUGAAGAACGCUUAGACAAAACUGUUGUUGGUGAUUUCCUUGGUGAGAAUGAAAAGCUUCACAAGGAGGUGAUGUAUGCUUACAUUGACCAAAUGGACUUUGUAGAAAUGGACAUUGUUUCUGCCCUGAGAAAGUUCCUCUCAGGCUUCAGACUACCUGGCGAGUCUCAGAAGAUCGACAGACUGAUGGAGAAAUUUGCAUCUAGAUACUAUGAGUGUAAUCAAGGGAUGGAAAUUUUUGCUAGUGCUGACACUGCCUACGUUUUGGCAUUCUCUGUGAUUAUGUUGACUACAGAUCUUCACAACCCACAGGUGAAAGCCAGCUCCAAGAUGACCAAAGAGCAGUACAUUCGCAUGAACCGUGGCAUCAAUGACAGCAAAGACCUGCCUCCCGACUUCCUCUCAGCAAUUUAUGACCAGAUUGCCAGCAAGGAGAUUAAAAUGAAAGCCCACAGCACAGGGCCAAAACAUAACACGUCUGCCAAAGACAUCACUUCCGAUAAACAGAGACGACUUCUGUACAACGUAGAGAUGGAGCACAUGGCCCACACAGCUAAGGCUCUGAUGGAGAGUGUCAGUCACUGUCAGGCUAGUUUCACCAGCGCCACCCACCUGGAACAUGUCAGACCCAUGUUCAAGCUGGCAUGGACACCUUUUCUGGCAGCUUUUAGCGUUGGUCUGCAAGACUGUGAUGACAAUGAGAUAGCGCUGUUGUGUUUGGAUGGGAUCCGAUGCGCAAUCCGGAUUGCUUGCAUUUUCCACAUGGAGCUGGAAAGGGAUGCCUAUGUCCAAGCCUUAGCAAGGUUCACCCUUCUCACCUGUGCCACGCCAAUUACAGAGAUGAAACCCAAGAACAUCGACACCAUCAAGACGCUGAUAUCCGUGGCUCACACUGACGGCAAUUACCUGGGCAAGUCGUGGCUGGAGAUCCUGCGCUGCAUAUCUCAGCUGGAGUUGGCACAACUGAUCGGGACUGGAGUGAAAACCAAAUACAUUGCUGCUGGACCUCACAGCCACUCGAAUAAUCCUGUGGAGGCACAUGACCCUGAAGCCAUAGUUAAAGGAAACAUGGGGAACAUGGACAGGCAGAGACUGGCCAACUUCCAUGAGACGGUCGGCGAGACAAGUUCACAGAGUGUUGUAGUUGCUGUAGACAGAAUCUUUACCGGAUCUGUGAAACUGGAUGGCGAUGCUAUUG